AUGCAGAUGCUAAGCACCCUAUACGCCCUCUUGACGCUCGUGCACGUCACCGUUGCGGCACCCUCGACCGAGGCCAGAGGGCUCAGCACGACGAGGCGCGGAGCCAUGGUCUCGGUGCAGAACAACUCGCCACAGCUGCUGAGGAACGUCACCAUCCUCCACAAAUACAGCAACGUCUACAAGAAUGAUCAAACGUGGCCGGAAGUCGGGCAGGACGAGCUCGCGUCGCCUCUGAUGAACGUCGAGUACAACACGGGGCUGUUCACCACCGGCCGCGACUGGUGGGUGCUCGUCUUUGCAAGCGAGGACCUCCAAACGCUGUACGUGACGGACCCGCACAAUGGACGCGCUAUAUUCGACUGGCUCGACCGGGUAUAUCCCACCUUGGUCGGGGUUGGCGCGGGUGCCGCCGUUUCACUUGCGACGCUCGAGACCGGUCCAGUGUCGGUUUUGGCCGGGGCCGCAACGGCGGCCGCUGUGAAGCUCGUCACCGACCAGCUGUUCAACACAGAGACCACGGAUGGGUACAAGCAGCACAUCCUCAGGGAGGAGGAUGAGCUGAAGCUGACCGAGAUUGUCAUUAAUUCGGACUACUCCGUUACCUUCAAGUCCGAGUCGGGCACAUCCGACACCGGCACCAUCUCCAGGGCCACCCUGCCCAUGGUAGCUGCUUCGCAUCGAAGCGUGCGGCGUCCUGGACAACCCAACCAUGGGACAGAAGAGGAGACUCGAGAGGAGACUGGAGAGGAGACUGGAGAGGAGACUCGAGAGGAGACUGGAGAGGAGACUCGAGAGGAGACUGGAGAGGGCGCGACGAUUCUAGCUCAUGCUACCUUGGACGAGAGCCUCCGCGACAAUGUUCAGGGGAGAAACGGGAGCGGCGACACAAUGAUACAGGCCAGCAACCACGGCGAGCCGGUCCCGUACGAAGAAAGUCACGGCCUGCUGGCGGCAAGCGAGCAUGACGAAGACGACCUCGGCGUGCACGGAGGGAAGCUCGACUCCCACGGGGAAGCCGGGCAUAAUGCAAAGACGUCGAAUCGAGUGCAGUUCGACCUUCGACCCGAGGUCAUCGGGGCGGGUAACGGGUCGACGAGAGAGCCGGCGUCACCGUCCGAGUCGAGCCAGAGCUUCGAGUUCGAGUUGGACGAUGUCGAGAACCAGCCGCGGUCCCCCUCGCACCGGGUGCCGCUGCUGACGGACAUGGAGGCGCCGAGCGUCGCCGUCGCCAACUCGUGGGGGAACGCCGAGGGCGAAGGGGACGCGACCGACGAGCUGCACGCGGAGAUGCGACGGCCCAAAUCCGGCCUCCAGUCUGCCUUUAUGAACAUGGCCAACUCCAUCAUCGGCGCCGGCAUCAUCGGGCAGCCGUACGCGCUGCGGCAGGCGGGCCUGCUCGCCGGCAUCCUGCUGCUCGUCGGCCUGACCGUCAUCGUCGACUGGACCAUCUGCCUCAUCGUCAUCAACAGCAAGCUGAGCGGCACGAGCAGCUUCCAGGGCACCGUCGAGCACUGCUUCGGCCGGUCGGGGCUCAUCGCCAUCAGCGUGGCCCAGUGGAUAUUCGCCUUUGGCGGCAUGGUCGCCUUUGGCGUCAUCGUCGGCGACACGAUACCGCACGUCCUCGUCGCCAUCUGGCCGAACCUCGGGGCCGCGCCCGUCGUCGGCCUGCUGACGGACAGGAGGGUGGCGAUUGCCGUCUUCGUCAUGGGCGUCAGCUUUCCGCUGACGCUCUACCGCGAUAUCGCCAAGCUGGCCAAGGCGAGCACGUUUGCCCUCGUCGGCAUGAUGGUCAUCGUCGUCACCGUCCUCGUCCAGGGAGCGCUGGCGCCGUCCGAGUCCCGCGGCUCCUUUAGCACGCCGCUGCUGACGGUCAACGGCGGCAUCUUUCAGGCCAUCGGCGUCAUAUCCUUCGCGUUCGUCUGCCACCACAACUCGCUGCUCAUCUACGGCUCGCUGCGGACGCCGACCAUCGACAACUUCUCGCGCGUCACCCACUACUCCACGGGCGUCUCGAUGCUCGCCUGCCUCCUCAUGGCCCUCGCCGGCUUCCUCACCUUUGGCGACAAGACGCUCGGCAACGUGCUCAACAACUUUCCGUCCGACAACAGCAUGGUCAACAUUGCGCGCCUCUUCUUCGGCCUCAACAUGCUGACGACGCUGCCGCUCGAGGCUUUUGUCUGCCGCGAGGUGAUGCUGACGUACUGGUACCCCGACGAGGCCUUCAACCUGCGGCGGCACGUCGUGUUCAGCAGCGGCCUCGUCGCCGCCGCGACCGUCAUCAGCUUGCUCACCUGCGACCUCGGCGUCGUCUUCGAACUUGUUGGUGCGACGAGCGCCGUGGCCAUGGCGUACAUCCUCCCGCCCAUGUGUUACAUCAAGCUCACGACGCGGAGCUGGCGGACAUACGUGGCCUAUGCCAUCAUCGUCUUCGGAAGCGCCGUCAUGGUCAUCAGCGUGGUCCAGGCCAUUGGAAAGAUAAUACACGGCUCGGAUGGAGCGCCGACAUGUACGUGA